UGAAUAUUAUCUUAGUCUGUGUGGCUCAUAGGCUCUGUUUAAGCCAUUUUAAAAAUGAGUGAUGUGUAUACAGUUUUCAACUUCAUUCUACUUUAUACUUUUAAUUUGUCUCUUUGUUUAUAUCCGAGAUGUUCUUUUCCUGACCAGUCAUUUAUUUCAAAUGUAUUUACUGAUAUAACUGUGUCCUCUGCAUUUGCUGUCACUCAUUAACUCAAGUAUUGAAGCUUAAUGUGUUUGUCUGUGUAUACAUCAUGUAGUGUAGUACCUUUCCACUCCGUGCUCAGUAUAACAGUGCUGACAGCUCAGCAGAUAACGCCUGUGAGAUGUUUAGACUCAGUAACAGUCCUUAUUGUGCUUGUUGUGUGCUCAGCAGGGAAACUUCAAACCGGUGUCGAUGAAGUGUGAGGAGGAGGAGUGACCACUCAGACCAGCUCACUUUAUUUGAUCACUGCGGUGUGAGAAUGAGGAGAGACCAGUGUGAGAGGAGGUGAUAGAGGUCUGAAUUGGAUCUUUCCAGAGAGCAGAGGUGUGAAAAAUUGCCCUUAUAGAUUCAAUUACUCCUGGAGUGCAAAGAGAUUGAUGUUUGGAUUAUCUCAGGAAGACACUUUUUUCCACAGCAGAUAUUGUCGGUUAAACAGAAAAUGACCACCAAUCCGUACCUGGACUCAGGCCCCUGUUACAUCUACGGAGAAGGAGAGAGGAAGCUUCCUCCACCCAGCCGAUCAGAGGUGAAACCCCAGUACGUUCACCACGUGGCCCCAAAACCUCCUCCUGAGAUCAGCCACUCCAUCCCCAAACAUAAAGAUGUGAAACAGAGGUGUGUGAAGUUCACCGUGGCUGCUGUCAUCUCUCUGCUGAUCCUUCUGCUGCUGGCUGGAAUCCUCCUCGCUUAUUACUUUUCCUCGCCCUGUGCUCACGGGAUGCAGUGUGGUGAUGGGAGCUGUGUGUGGGAGUCCCAGUGGUGUGAUGGAGCGAAAGACUGCCCAGGAGGCCAGGAUGAAGCUAACUGUGUGAGGCUGCACGGCCCCGGUUUCCUUCUCCAGGUCUACUCGACUCAGACUAAAAACUGGAGGAGUGUUUGUUCUCACGGCUGGACCGACCAGCAGGGCAGAUCGAGCUGCGAGACCAUAGGGUACAGCAGGGGCACAUAUUUAAAAUCAGGCCAACAGAAGUCUGACUCUAGUGAUGGAUUCUUAAUGGUGAAGUCUGAUUUCAAACCAGAGGCUUUCAUACUGCAACAGCUUGUGCUCAGCAACACCUGUCCCAACAACAGUGUGGUGACUUUGCGUUGCACUGAUUGUGGGAGCGGGGUGAACUCUAGCAGGGCCUCCGGGGGCCAGUUGGCCUCCCUUGGGUCCUGGCCUUGGCAGGUCAGCCUGCAGGUUGCUGGUUCCCACCGCUGUGGAGGAGCCAUCAUCUCCCCCUACUGGAUAGUGACAGCAGCACACUGUGUGGCCAGGACCUCCAGUCCUGGAGACUGGGCUGUGUAUGCUGGGAUAGUGGAUCCAUUAGGUCCUCUGUUUAACCCUGCUUACUCCGUGAGCCGCAUCAUAGCCCACGAGGGCUAUGACAGCCGCACACGCAGGAACGACAUCGCUUUGAUGAGGCUCUCCAAAGCUCUGGACACCACAGGCUCCAGUAACAUCAGACCUGUGUGUCUCCCAAAUGUUGGUCUGAACUUCACUGCUCCUCAGACGGGCUGGAUAACACGAUUUGGUCGCACGGCAAAUGGAGACUCUGGCUCUCCAUACUUAACAGAGGCUCAGGUCUCCCUCAUUGAUAAUGCUGAGUGUAACAGCUCCAUCGGUCACAAUGGCAGAAUAUCACAGGACAUGUUGUGUGCCAGAGAGAUGGAGGCGGGAUCGGACAUGUGCCAUACUGACAGCGGUGGCCCUCUGGUGUCCCUGAGAGAUGGGCUAUGGUGGCUCAUAGGGGACACUAUCUGGGGGGAACACUGUACUCAGAGGAACAAACCAGGCGUUUAUGGCAACAUCACCUAUUUUCUGGGCUGGAUCUACCGUCAGAUGAAGGUAGAAACUCACAAUAGUCAAACUCAUUAACAGCUGAUGUUAGAUUUUUGAUACUCAGACAAUGCAACAAGCUACAUGCUGUAAAGCUACAGAAAGAUUAGUCUUUUAAGGGCUGUUACAUAAAAUCAGACUCCACUCCAUGCUGUGUAAUUGAAUAUACUAUGUCUGUAUAUAUAUAUAUAAUUCUUAGCAUCUGAUUUAAUCUGCUUGGAGGAGCAGAUGGAGUAAAAGGUUUACCCAUGUGGUGCCCAAAGUACAGCUUGACUGAGGCUGAAUAUAAUAAUUCCUACAGUGUUUGAAUCACAGCAGAGGCUUGACACAAGUGCUCAAUCCUGUUGAUUCAACUGUAUGACAAGUCAAAGGGUUAAUCCAAGUUUUGACAUCGUUGAAUUGGUCUUUGGCCUCCUUUGCAUUUUGGUGUUGGCUGUCUCAUUCUGUAACAUAGACAUCUGAUGUUGUUGAACUUUGUUAUGAUAAUUCUGUCUUAAGUUAAUUGUGAGGAUGUUUUGACUUUAUAUUAUUUCAAAAUGCAUCGAUUUGGAAAUAUUGCAAUGCCUUUUUUAAUAAACGAUAACAAAGGAAAA